AUGCCACGUCGCGUGCAACAUGUCCAGUGAGCUGUGCAAGAGCCUCGCGGCGCUGGCCCCUUGCUUACGAUGUUUCCGCCUCCUUCUUCCCGCCAAAAGCCUCGACUCACCUCCCGAGCUCUCUGCGCUCAAGGUCGAAGCGCUUGCUGCCAUCAAUAGACUGAGACGUCACGUUCCAGAACCGGAGCCGUGUCCCGGUGAUAUACCCGCUUAUCGACGGGCUGCUGUGCUCCUUGGGCUGUUUGGAGGAAGACAUGGGUGAGCAGAGGCUUGAGCCAAAGCUACGUCGAGGAUGGGGGCAUUGCCCGCAGUAGAAGAGCGAGUCGCAUCGCUGUCCUGUCUGCUUUCGCCGCUUCGCAGAUGCAAGUCUUGAGCUUAUUCGCACGUCAUCCCUUCAACAGUGACCUCCACGCCGUUCUUUCACAUCGCGCCGUAGCUCUGAGGUCGCACGGCGGCGACACUGCCAUCCCUGGCGGAAGGUUCGAGGCGAAAGACAAGGAUCUAGAGGCCACUGCUGUGAGUGGAGCGAGCAGAGAGACGGAUUGUUGCCAUACGCAUGGGCUUAGCCGAAUCAUUGUGCUUGCAUGCCGGGCACACCAAGCAGCGGCGAGAAGCUUGGGAAGAGGUGAGUGGUGCAAGAAACGGCAUGAGCUUGAUAACCACCUCGACACUAAGCUGCGCUGCCGAUUACGCAUCACACAGACAGGACUUCCAAUCGACAGUCGGCGCGCCAUUAAGCUGUGCGAGCUACGACCAUUCCUGAGUGCCAACGAGCUGGUGGUCACGCCUAUUGUGGUGUGGUUGAUCGACCCGCUCAUUCAGCCCAAACUGAACCCAUCAGAGGUACAAAGUAUCUUCAGCGUGCCCCUGGAAGCCUUUCUGUAUCACGUUCCGCCCACAUCACUUCGAUCUUCCCUCCGACUAGCGUCUACACCUCAGCCGGACCGCUAUCGACCUCCCAGUGAAGUCAGCGGGCCUUCAGACUGGCACAAUUGUAGGGACAUCAGCUGGCUGGGAUGCAGGGUCAGAAGACACAACUUUUGGCACCGAAGUAAUCCCAUUCGAGGCUUGACCAGGUGAGCAGCCUGCUGCGAAGUUCCCCCUCAUUUUGGUCAAGUCGUAGCUCAAAGACGCUGCACGCCGCUACACAGCGACAUUCUCAUUCACUGCGCAAUGAUGGCAUACGACAAGACGCCCUCUUUCAGCAUGACUGCGCCAGGUCAACCGACGAACGAUGAGCUCAUACGCAAAGCUUUCAAGGGACCCUUGGCAGUCAAGAAACGACGCGUCAGACCGCGCAUGAGUGGCCUAGAGCAGCCAGUAGAUGACGAUAACAAGGAGGGCACACAUCGAAACAGUGCAGGGCCGAGGCCUCUGCCUGCUCUGGGCGCAACGAAGCAUUCGAAAUUGUAA